AAUUCCCUAUGCGUUACUACAGGAUGGUUUAAGACAAAUUCAACAGAUGGAUUUUCAUAGACAUUUUAGAGCUAAUGAUUUCAGAAAAAAAUUGAGAGCAUUGAUCUGCUUUUCGGAGUCUUGUGUGAACACGCUGGAGUAGCAAGAUGGUAGAAUACUUAGGACAGACGCGCUCCACGUUCUCCAAACACGAAAGCAGCAGCAGGUAGUAAAGGGUCUUCAUGCAUGAUCUGAAAUGUUAACUAACAAUUUAGUGACACUUGAUCACAUGAUCAGUGAGGAUCAACUGUCCUCUAUCAGCUAGAAGUUGGAACAAUAAAUGGGUUCUAGAAAGGCGGAUUAAGUUACGUAGUACUGUAGUAGAGUAAUCCUAUGAUCCUGUAAAAUCAAUUGAUCGUGUCAAUUGCUCGUGCAUAUAUCCUGUCACUGUCACAUGAAAUUAUCACCCUGCAACUGUAGCUGAUCCAGUACAGCUACAAAGCCAUCUGUACACCAUUUAUUCGCACUAAAGAUGUGUUGAGCAGCAGCUUACUCUGUUAAUGAAGGGAUGAUGCUGCUCAUACUGGUUUUCCGUGGUGGAGCCUGAAUUGUGUAAACCAAUUGGUUGGAGGUGGUCAGAGAUUGGAGCAACCUGCUGGUGCUGCGCGUGGCUGGGAGGCAAAGCUCCAGGGAAUGAAGCGCUGACAGAUAUGCGUGCAUGCUGUGUGACUGCUGAACUCAGGGGAAACAUGGUGAUGAUCAGAGCAGGGAAUUGCAAAUGUCCAACAAAAUUGGAGGCUGCCAACUGGGAUAAGGUGGUGGUCGGUCACAGACCAGAGGAGCCGAGGAGGAGAUGAAAUAGUUGAAUUGGAAGAAGAGGAUAACAAAUCUGCAUCUGGUGGCUUCUGCUUGAUGGGUUGCUGUGUUCAAGAAGUACAGAGAUCAGUGACUGCCUUUUUUUUCAUGAUUAUGCUGCUCCUGUGAAGAUUAGUGGGAAAGUUCACCUUCGUUGUGAUGAGUGGGGGCCAUCCAUUUAUUACAUGGUGAGCUAGAGGAAAGCACUGCAGAGCUUGAGGAAAGUCGAAGGAAGUUGGUUGUGCUCCAGUUGCAGAGGCAUGGUUCUGUAAUGGAUGCAUCUGGGGCAAAUGCUGUGAAUGGUGGUAUUUCUACUCAUAAAUCUUCAGAUAAAAGUAUGAGCUGGCAAGACCUCAAAGAUGCUGUUGAUGCAGCUAAGACCCUCGCAGGAAACCGUCUAUUGGAACUUCAUCAGACUCAAGAGGAUAAUCUGAUACUAUCCAAGGAGCUGGGAGAUCUUGAGGGGCAAUUGAGAGAUGAGAAGUAUGUCUUGGUAUCCAAACCGUACAUGAUUCUUAAUGAUAAACUACAGCAUUUGAAUGCUGAGAUAGAUCGUUAUAGAGGGUUGGUUGAAGUUUUACAGAAUGACAAGGACCAGCUCAUGCAAAGGGAGAAAGAAAUUUGUGCAAAAUCAGAAUCAGUCGAUGGUAUUAAACAAACAAUUACCACAUAUGAGACCAAAAUUGAAGAACUGGAAACUCAAAUUCAGAUACUCUUUUCUGAAAAGAAUGAUCUUGAAACCAAGGUUGAGGAGACUUUGCAAGAUUCAGGUAAGAAAGACUUCAAGGAUGAGAUUCAUGUUAUGGCCGCAGCACUCUCCAAUGAACUGGGUAUGAUGGAGAAUCAGUUGAGUCGAUCAAAGGAUGCAGCUUCUGAAGCACUUGCAUUGCGUGAGCAAGCAGAAUCAUUAAGAUCAUUGGUAGCUAAAAAGAUUGAGGAACACAAGAAGAUAUCCGAUAAAUACAACUCACAAGUAAUUGAGAUCAAGUCCCUCAAGGCAUUGGUCGAGGAGUUGGAGCAGGAAAAGCAGGAGCUGGAGUUUAUUGCAGAUAUGUACGCUAAAGAAAGUUCCUUGUCAAGGACACUUGCUGAUAUUGAAGAAUCAGAAACCCGAGCUCGCAAUCAAGCUGAAUAUUUGAGGAGCAAUCUAGAGGAGCAUAGUCUUGAGCUUCGGGUUAAAGCAGCAAAUGAAGCUGAAGCUGCAUGCCAGCAAAGGCUUUCCUUUGCUGAAGUGGAACUAGAAGAGUUAAGGACCAAAGUAGAUGCAUCGGAAAGAGAUGUUGUGGAACUUAAGGAGGCAAUAAGAAUAAAAGAGGCUGAAGGAGAUGCCUAUAUUUCCGAUAUUGAGACAAUUGGUCAAGCAUAUGAAGACAUGCAAACACAAAAUCAGCAUCUUCUUCAACAGCUUACUGAUAGAGAUGACUUUAACAUAAAGCUAGUAUCAGAUAGUGUGAAGAUGAAACAAGCUUGUAGUUCCCUUCUCUCUGACAAGCUUAUGCUAGAGAAGCAACUCCAGCAAGUUAACACUUCACUGGAGUCAUCUAAACUGAAAAUUGCCCGUGGUGAAGAGCAGAUGAACACUUGUGUAGCACAAGCUAUAAAAACUUCAGCUGAAAACAGGCAUCUUACUAUUAGCCUGGAAAGGAUUGCGGUGGAGGUAUCUAACACAGAUAAGGAACUCAAGUGGCUUCGGUCCUCUGUUGGAUCCUCUGAGAAAGAAUAUGAGCAAACUCAGCAAAAGAUAUCUGAGCUGAGAGCGUUGCUGGAGCAUGAGAGGAAUGAGAGGCGGCGGCUUGAAGAACAAUAUGAAGAGGUGAAAAAUGAAGUUAUGGAGCUGACCUCUGAGACUGAAGAGAUUACUAUCCAGAAACUUCAGGAUGAAAUAAAAGAAUGCAAGGCUAUUCUCAAGUGUGGUGUCUGCUUUGACCGGCCUAAAGAGGUUGUGAUCACCAAAUGUUUCCACCUAUUCUGCUCGCCAUGCAUUCAGAGGAACCUUGAGAUUCGCCACCGGAAAUGUCCUGGCUGUGGAACCCCAUUCGGACAAAAUGACGUUAGGGAGGUGAAGAUAUGAAACCUCACCAAAGUGACAGUGACAAACUGACUUGUGUGAACAGCAGCGACAUACUCCCCUGUGAAUAUCGUCUGUUAUCUUGGCAAACAUCUAGAUCUAAGUUGCGCAAGGCAAGUAGUUUCGUGCAUGCAUACAACUCUGUAGGUAGCUAUUUCUUAUGCAGAUUAAUUAGGUACUUCGCACAUUAUGAUUGUCAGAGAUGGCAGUGUACUGAUGGCACAAGGAUGAGGGUAAGAGCUUGCAGGUUAUUGUGGGCUCUUGCCUGCCAGAGUUACACAAGUAGUUGUAGUUUCAGGCAUUGGCCGUUUGGUUCUUGUCCUCACCUCAGCCACUAGGUCAGACUGAGGUUCUCUGCAUUAGAUAGGUUUGUCUGGGCCUCUAGGGGGCAAACCAAACAGGUCCAUAGUUGUUUAUUUUGUUUUUAUGACUUCCAUCCAUGUGUUUGAUAAACUACGAUUGUGUUUGGACUGUAACAAGAUAAUAUGUGAAGCCAAAGUUCUGUCGAUCCCAAAAUCCAUGUGCUUUAGGACUU